GUCAAGGGGCCUGAAUACUUUUCGAAUGCACUGUAUUUUCAUUGCUGGACCUGACUGUAAAAACACCAAGUGAUUUUCAUUUUGGAAAUAGAGACACGUGAUCGUAUACAAAUGAUUGUUUUAGUCAAAUAUUAUAUCGGUUGCAGUAAACAAAUUAUUAGUAAUUAUGUUCCGGCCCCACGACCAUCUGCGCAAGAAAAAAAUCGGCACGCGGCUGAAUUUAGUUGAUUAUCCCUGAUGUACAUACAUGAAACAAGUCUUGAGCUAUGUCCAUAAAGCCAUUUCUGAAAGCAAUGAGGAUUACACCUGAAAAUAUUUAAUUUAGAAACAGCGAAAGUCAGAUACUGUUGCAUUACAACUCCACGGUAGACUACUCCUAGUCUGGGUACCAGUCUCUGUAACGUUCUAUUCCUUGUAUUCCGUGUCUGCCAAAGACAUGGAGUGGAAUUAAAUAGCUAGCUAUUUACGCCUGCUACGUUAGAUUAGUUGAACAGAGACCGGCAACCAGGCUAGUUAUUUUGAGCCUGCUGCUCUCGAGUGGAGGGUAUUUCUGUGACUCCAUCCAAUCACGUUUGCAGACAUGACAGAGCAACAGUUGGUCCCUCUUUGAUUGGUCCCUUCACUGGAAAUCCUUCGACACCAGCAACACUUUUGUUAGCUGAUGCUAGCCUACCAGCAAAAGAGAAUAUACUGCAAAGACUGUCUGCCAACAAUUCAACGUGUAUAUCUCAAUAAAGGGUCAAGCGACACGGGAAAAUGUCUUCGAACGAGCAAAGUAUCAUGCAUAAAUAGUAUUCAUUUUUCUUUGUUUUUACUCGCUAGCUAUGAGAACGGCUAGCAAAUAAGUCCAGAAGAACAACUAGCUAGCUUGCUAAGACAUGGCUACCACCAGGGAGCUAAGACAAUACCGACGUCCCAUAGUGAGUAUAAAGCAGGAGCAGGACGAUGACUCGGACACGGAGGAGUCUCAUCUGGGGAUUAAGAAAUCGGAUGGACGAGAGUCACAGAUAAUCCACAGUGGUCAUUUCAUGGUGUCCUCGCCGCACAUUGAACACCCACCAAAAAAAGGUUACGACUUCGACACAGUCAACAAACAAACCUGUCGGACGUAUCACUUCGGGAAGACCAGCACAUCACAUCUCUCGAUUGACGCGUCCUUAACAAAACUUUUCGAAUGCAUGACCCUUGCAUACAGCGGCAAGUUAGUGUCACCAAAAUGGAAGAACUUCAAAGGCCUAAAGCUGCUGUGGAGAGACAAGAUCCGGCUCAACAACGCUAUCUGGAGGGCCUGGUACAUGCAAUAUGUGGAGAAGAGAGACAACCCUGUCUGCCAUUUUGUCACUCCUCUGGAUGGUACCAUGGACAUGGAGGACCAUCGUCCGGCAGAGGCAAUAGCCACAGAGGGGAAAUAUUGGAAAAGAAGAAUUGAAAUUGUAAUUCGAGAGUAUCACAAGUGGAGGACAUAUUUCAAGAAAAGGUUACAGAAGCACAAGGAUGACGAUCUCUCAAGCCUUCUCAAGGGGCCAGAGGAGCAGUUUUUGCUGUUUGGGGAGGUCUUUCCAGACACAUUCCGUGUGUCCCUUUGUCAGGAUGAGGAAAUGGCCGUGCGCCGCGUUGCUCGCAAAAGCCGUGAGUCGCCCGUCCCCAUGGAGAUGGACCCACUCUUUGACAUGGAUGUGCUGAUGUCAGAGUUUUCUGACACACUCUUCUCCACGCUGGCCUCCCACCAGCCCAUGGCCUGGCCCAAUCCGAGGGAGAUAGCUCAUGCAGGGAACGCAGACAUGAUCCAGCCUGGGCUCAUCCCCCUACAGCCCAACCUGGACUUUAUGGACUCCUUUGAGCCAUUGCAAGACUUAUUUCACAGCCUCCGUCAGCCCAUCUUCCCCUCUGCUUCCCUCACUGCCUCAUCCGUCACUCCUCUACCCAGCAGCAGCUCUCAAUCCCAGGGCCUGCUACUCUCCUCCAUGCACCUCUCAGCUGACCUACCAUCCAUCAGUCAUGACCACAGACUCAUCGUCUCCCCAGUCCCCCUGCCUAUCUCCUCCCUCAUGGCCAAUCAAACCAGUGGGACCGGUGGAGGUUCCUCCUAUGUACAGAACUACAUGCCUCUGUUCACUGCGUCAGUGCCCCCUAGUGGUCAGGCUGGAGGCUCCUCCCUCAUGCAACCCUCAGCCCCUCCCACACUGCCACACACCCAGCCCUGCCAGGGUGCUGUCACUGCAACAUCAGUAGCCCCCCCACCCCUGGACGAUGCCACAAGCCUGGACGGUUCCCCACCCCCAUCUGUCAUCACACACACAGCCUCCUCCACUGUUACACCCAGUGAGGCUGCCACCACCUUCAGUCAGGGCUCUGAGCUCAGCUCCCUGACCCGGGCUCCUCCUCCACCACCACCCCCCCUCCAGCCUCUGGCACCCUCACCUGCCAUCCCCCUCCAUCACCCCCAGACUUUCGCCCUGCCCAGACCCAUCCAGCCUUCUUGCCCCAACAAAAAGACAUGCCAUGUGCAAAGGAUUGUUCCUGCCAAUCCCAUCCCCUCAUCUCACCUCAUCCUAACAACCCCCUUCCCAGGGCAUACCAGUGCAGUGAUUGUUACUCCAACUCCCCUGAAAGCAGACGUGGUUCCCUCAACUGGCGUGGUCAUCGCCUCCUCAAGCCUAUCAAGGGCUCCUGGAUUUCAUAUCCUUCCACAGACUCCGAAGUCUCCCCAGCUCAUUAUCAGUAAAGAGGACUGUACUGGGCAUGAGGAGCGUGGCUCAGGUCAGGGGUCACCGUGUGGGUCAGAGCAGGUCUCCAGUCCUCAGUCUCCCCUCAGCAGCAGCAGCACAGCCCUCUCCAAGAACGAGUCCAACCAGAGCCGUAGGGUGACCCAUAUCACUGCUGAACAGAAGAGGCGCUUUAACAUCAACAUUGGCUUCAAAACGCUGAGCAGCCUGGUUCCCACUCUCAAGUCCCAGUCCAAUAUCAGUAAUGCGGCCACGCUGCAGAAGACAGUGGACUACAUUGCGAAGCUGCAGCAGGAGAGGCAGCAAAUGCAGGAAGAGACCAAGAGGCUACGGGAGGAGAUUGAGGAGAUCAAUGCCUCCAUAAAUGUGUGUCAGGAGCAGCUGCCUGCUACGGGGGUGCCUAUCACACGCCACCGAUUCGACCACAUGCGGGAGAAGUUUGAUGAGUACGUGAAGAGCCGCACACUUCAGAACUGGAAGUUUUGGAUUUUCAGCAUCAUCAUUAAGCCCCUGUUUGAGUCCUUCAAUGGGACGGUCUCCACCACAAGCAAAGGGGAGCUGUGUGAGACCACACUGCAAUGGCUGGACCAUCACUGCUCCCUGCCUGUGCUGAGGCCCAUGGUCCUAAGCACUCUCCGGCAGCUCAGCACGAGCACAUCUGUCCUUACUGACCCCACCCUGCUGCCUGAGGAAGCCACCCAGGCUGUCACCAACACCCACAGGCACUCUGCAGACUCCUAGCCUCAGGGGAGAGGAAGCGGAAGAGGGUUUCAGAUAGAGGGCAUGGUCAUAGUACCCUCUAGUAGAGCCCUCCACAGAGGGCCCCUACCACAAACUCCUCUAACCUCCCCAGAUUGAAAAAGACCUUGAAACUACAGUAUGGAAAAGCACCAGCACUAGUUUGCCUUAAAGGUAAUCCAAAGAGGUUACUCUGUCUUCCACCCUAUCCAUUACAUUCAGAACAGGACAUGAUGUUUAGGGUCUUUUUAUGCGUGACCUUAUCCAGCUCACUGACCUAUCAUUCCUACACCGACUGGGCUUUGCUGUCAAUAACCCAGGCUCGGUGCAUUACUUUGGAUGAUUGAUACACACAACCCAUAGAACAACAUUUACAGCAUGUUUUGAACACAGCAAUAAUGUAGGUGCUUAUAUUUGUCCUAUUUCACACAUCUACAAGUGUGUAUUAUACGUAUGUGUGAAUUCGAAAUGUGUUUUUUGCAUAUCCCAACUCCACCUGGGACACCCUCGGAGGGUGGGGUCACGGCCAUGGUCAGCCGUUGUAAAAGGCGACCCUGGAGCAAUUAGGAUUACGUGCCUUGCUCAAGGGCACAUAGGCCGAUUUUGUUUUCACCUUCUUGGCUCGGGGAGUCGAACUAGCGACCUUUCAGUUACUGGCCCAGAGCUUUAACCGCUAGGCAACCUGCCGCCCUCGUUGCUCUUUGUUAAUGUAACCUUCAACACUGCUGAUGGUGGAACUCCCAGCUUGUUUUCAGGCUCACUUCAGCAGGCAAAUAACAUGGCGCUUGAACCAGUUAGCGUACUUGCUCGUUUUGUUUGAUCUUUUUGUUUUUAUUCAUCUUUUUAUUUAUAUUAUUUAAGGUAUGAAACAAAUAAAAUGGCCUAUGAACUGUCUUAAAAGGGAAAUAUCUGAUUGGGAUUCUGUUGUUUUCUCUGUUGUAGGACGAUGAGUGUGGAUAGACUGAGUUUGCUAUCAAAUAGGCUAUAAAACAAACCAAAAGCUUAGCAGUGAUUGGCAGUAUGCUUUGAGUACCAUGAAUGCCUUCAACAGUAACUAUUUGUUACUGCUUUUUCAUUCUCAUCAUUCAGCUCAUGUGCAUCUGGUGGGAUCUCAAACUCUUGCACAGUUGUCUUCUGUCCAUGCAGUGGGAGGGAGGGUGUCCCAGUCCUUUGUGGCCAGACGUCCUGGGUAUUCUUCCCUUUUCUUGUCUCUAAUAUCCUCAGAUGUUAAGCCAAAGGCUAUCCAUGGAAAAGUAUUAACCUUUCACUCAAGGAAAAUGCAGCCUUUACGAAUGGAUCCUGAGUGGUCCGGAGACAGAUGUGAAGCACUUGGGGCACACACUCACUGUACAUUUAACCUCAUAUGCUGCAGCCUACCUUUCAUUCAGUCAUUUAAACAAAUAAACCUUGUGUUAUAGGAACAUUCAAACAUUAUGUGGUGAAUGUUGCCCUUUUCUUCUUGUUUGCUAAGGGAUGCGCUGGUGAGUGUUUUAUGCUAUUCCCUAUAACCAAACACACACAAUCAGGAUAUUUUAAGCUGAAGACAAGCGUCAGCCAUAAGCAUACAGGUUACAUACAUAGCGUAUGUAUGUUAUUUUUUUGUUUCUCAUAAUCAAGUCAUGCUUAUGUGCAAUGCAUGCUUAUGACGGCCUUAUGCUAGCCUUUCAAAGAUGCAUUUCUCUCCUCCUAAUUCAGGUCUUAUUUGUCUAAGGUACAGUUAAACAUUAUAGGCCAUAUUGAAAUUAAUGUAGAAACAUACAUUUUACGCCCCUCUCCUUUAUUAGUCUUGGAAACACCAACCUACAUUGGCACAUUGUGGGAGGCAUCCUGUCUGUCUAGAGAAUACUCCUUUAUCAGAACAGGAUAUACAUGGAUACUUUAUUACUGUAACUCAUGACUGUUGCAGGGUGAUAUUUUGUCAAUUUCUUUUUUUUACAAUAUGUCUAGCACAUUUUGUGUGUCAACACUCCUCAGGCAGUGUAAUGAAUUUUCUGUAUUUAUUACUUUGACGCACAACAACAGUUUACUUUGAAUUAUAUCAAAUCUAGCACCAUUGGUUCUGUUUAUUUCAUAAAUGUAUAUCUUUUCUAGGGGUUUUCUAGGGUGCUUUUCGAGAGGCCUUAGUACAUGUCUUAAUAACUGUGAUCACCUAAUGUCUACGAGUGGAGUCCCCUUUACCCAAUGACUGGGAUCUAUAUUGUUACAGAUUAAGAUUCUGAGCCCCACAUGUACAAAAUUGCCCACAUCAGACAGCAUGGGGGCUGAUCACAACUAACAUUUAUCUAACAUCAUUCAGAUCAAAAGUUGUAUUUCUCUUCCAUUCAAAGGGAAUUGGAACUAUGCAAAGACUCAAAGGGCAAGAGCAGAUGGAUGUCAUGAUGAUUAAACUCUUUUUUUGUUUUUUUUUGCAAAGCAGUUACUAUGUGGGAAAGUUUCCAAUAUUGCUCUGUCAAGAAUCAUGACAUUGUUUAAGUUAUAAAACAAGUAUUAACCAUUUUGUUUAAGGGAGAUUUCAUUUAUGAGAUUACUUUUUGGAAGUCCUUGUCUUUCUAUGUUUGUUCGCUCUGAGAUAAGUAAGUGUUGUAAAUAUUUUCUUUCUUGCUCUAUGAAGUAAAGAAAAAAGUUUUUUUCCUACAUGGGUUCUGUGUUUUUGUUGUGUACGGUGUUUUGGGUAACCUCAAUAUCCUACUUUCUUAUGUUCCCACCGCACAUGUCUAGGAAGUAUGACAACUUGUACCAUUUUCUGAAACAUUUUUAUGAAUGGAACAUAGUACUUUAUUGCAUGUUACUUAAUGUGCAUCAGGUACAAUACAUGGCAUUUCCAACAAUGGUUAACAUUCUUGUAUGACAUAAACGGUAACAUAAUGAUACAGCCAAUUCUUUGACUAAAAACACAGUAUGUUCAAUAUGUGACCCGGAACCAAAUAAGUGUAUUCAAUAGAUAAGACACUGAUCAGUACACUGAUGAAUGAAUGAAGAAAUGUGGUCAUAAAUAAAUAGAUACAAAAUAAAUAUAUGAAUU